UUUUUUUUUUUCUUUUUUUUUUUUUUGUUGUUGUUUUUUAACCCCUUCAAUUCUUUAUGAUAUAUAUCUUCUUGACCUUCUUGUUAUCGUUAUCUACAAAUAUAUCUAUAAGUCGCUGUUUUGUAAGUCGCUGUUUUUGAAUAUCCCAAAAUUCGCUGUUUUGAAUAUCCCAAAACACAAGAGAUCCCCAUUACAAAUAUAUAUUCAUUCAACCACAUCCCUACUGUCAUUGACCCAUCACUCCGUCACCAUUUCAAACCCUCAAUCAACUUCUUCUACUUGCAGCAGCAAUUCACCAAUCAACACCUUCAAUUUCACACCAAUUUUCAUAACCAGCGGCCAUGGAACCAACAUCUUCAACCGAACAUGAUGUUCAUAACGAAAACGGAGGCAACAGGACCACAGAUACGGACUCGAUCGAGAAAAUAUUCGAGAGCAAGAAGGUUCCGCCAUGGCAGAACCAGCUCACGCUUCGCGCAUUCGUCGUCAGCUUUAUUUUAGGGAUUCUCUUCACGUUUAUCGUCAUGAAGCUUAACCUAACUACCGGAAUUAUCCCGUCCUUGAACGUGUCUGCCGGACUGCUAGGGUUUUUCUUCGUGAAAACGUGGACGAAGUUUCUCGGUAAAUCUGGUUUGUUGAAGCAGCCGUUCACGAGGCAGGAGAAUACGGUUAUUCAGACGUGUGUUGUUGCUUCGUCUGGUAUCGCGUUUUCAGGGGGGUUUGGUAGUUACUUGUUUGGGAUGAGUGAAGUUAUUGCCAAACAAUCAAACGAAGCAAAUGCAGCACAGAACAUGAAGAACCCGUCUCUUGGAUGGAUGAUUGCGUUUCUUUUUGUAGUCAGCUUCCUUGGACUGUUUUCCGUCGUCCCUCUUCGCAAGAUCAUGAUUAUCGACUUCAAACUCAUUUAUCCAAGCGGCACAGCAACCGCUCACCUUAUCAAUAGUUUCCACACUCCCCAGGGUGCUAAGCUAGCCAGGAAACAAGUGAGGACUUUAGGGAAGUUUUUCUCCAUGAGUUUCCUAUGGGGCUUCUUUCAAUGGUUCUUUACCGGUGGCGACGAUUGUGGAUUCAUAAACUUCCCCACACUCGGUCUUAAAGCCUACGAAAACAAGUUUUAUUUCGACUUUUCGGCAACUUACGUUGGUGUGGGAAUGAUCUGCCCGUAUCUUGUCAACGUAUCGUUACUAGUCGGAACCAUCCUUUCAUGGGGCAUAAUGUGGCCUCUCAUAAACGAAAAGAAAGGUGAUUGGUAUUCUGCAGAUCUUAAAUCAAGUAGUCUUCAUGGCUUGCAAGGUUACAGGGUGUUCAUCGCCAUAGCCAUGAUCCUUGGUGACGGGCUCUACAACUUCGUAAAGGUCCUUUAUUACACUUUGUCCGGCUUAUAUCGCCAUUUCAAUGACGAUAAAACCAAAGCGGAAGAAGCCAUUACCGGUAACUCAUUGCCCGAUCUUCCUUCCCUGUCUUAUGAUGACCAAAAACGCACUCGAUUGUUUCUCAAAGAUCAGAUUCCUACGUGGAUUGCGAUAGUUGGCUAUCUAACCAUUGCUAUUGUCUCCAUUAUCACUCUUCCACACAUCUUCCACCAGCUCAAGUGGUACUACGUCGCUGCUAUUUACGUAUGCGCCCCGGUUUUAGCGUUCUGUAACGCUUUUGGAUGCGGGCUCACCGACUGGUCAUUAGCAUCGACCUACGGUAAGCUUGCGAUAUUUGUCAUUGGAGCGUGGGCUGGUGGGUCAAAUGGUGGUGUACUGGCGGGCUUAGCAGCAUGUGGGGUCAUGAUGAACAUCGUCUCGACCGCUUCUGACUUAACACAGGACUUCAAGACCGGUUACAUGACCUUGGCUUCACCCCGGUCUAUGUUUGUUAGCCAAGUGAUCGGGACCGCAAUGGGUUGUAUCAUCUCCCCUUGCGUCUUCUGGCUGUUUUACAACGCGUUUGACAAUCUUGGAGUCCCGGGUUCGGAGUACCCUGCACCGUACGCUCUCAUUUUCCGCAACAUGGCAAUCUUGGGAGUUGAAGGAUUCUCGACCUUACCCGAAAAAUGUCUCUUGCUUUGCUAUAUAUUCUUCGGGUUCGCGAUCUUUGUGAAUGGGAUUCGAGACUUGGUGGGGAAAAACCUAGCUCGGUUCAUUCCAAUUCCAAUGGCGAUGGCGAUUCCAUUCUACAUUGGAGGUUACUUUGCCAUUGACAUGUGUGUUGGAAGUUUGAUAUUGUUCAUUUGGUCCAAGGUAAACAAGGCAAAGGCUGCUGCAUUCGGGCCAGCAGUUGCUUCGGGUUUGAUUUGCGGUGACGGGAUUUGGACGUUACCGAGUUCGAUCCUGGCUUUGGCUGGUGUUAAUCCUCCAAUUUGCAUGAAGUUUCUGUCAAGGUCAACUAAUGUCAAAGUUGAUGCCUUUUUAGGUUCGUAAAAUUGUUAUUAGUUUAUAGUACACGCUCAUUAGAAGGUAAGAAUAUGAAAAGUAUGUUAGAUUUCAAUACUUGCAGUUUGUUAUUUUUAUUUUUUAGGUGGUGGGUUAAAAUUACCAAUUGUGAUUCACAUCACUCAAAUUCAGUCUCGUAAUAAAAAAGUCAAUUAUCCUAUUA